CGACUUCUCGACACGUUCAAUAUGAGCCUUCCAUGGUGUCGAAAUAAAGGGCUCCAAGAGCGGAGACUAAGAGAAGUCGUCAGUGAUAUUCGUGAUCAGUAGUCAACUCGAUCCUGGAGAGUGUGCGUGCUCGCGCGGUACUCCCGACACAACUGGUGUGGCAGCAACGGAUCGUCGAGGAUGGUCUCAAGCAGCGGCAGAAGGGCCGCCCAGUCUUCCUUGUCGAAGAGCACGCUGACUGCUGCAUUCUGUUCUGCGCAGAAUUUAUUGAUGUCGACACUGGGGUACACCUGUCCGGACACGUCUACCCUUGUGCUCACGCUGGAGCCCUCGCUUUGGCAGAGGUGGUUGCGAAGAAAAAGUCAUGGCUCUCAUUCGAGGAGCGGUGACACCGCCAAGCUCAUUCGUAGAGCGCCAACGCUGCGAAUAGGGAAGGCAUGAUGGUACGGUUGAUGGGAAGCAAGCCAACAA